GUCCUAGACCGUGUUCAUUCCCUCGAAAGGCAGUUGGCUCCUCAGUCCUCGUCCUGGAAGCUGAAAUCAGCUCCUCUGGUGCAAGUGUGGUAGAUAUUGACAAUAAAAUCGAGCAAGCUAUGGAUCUGGUGAAAAGCCAUUUGAUGUAUGCGGUUAGAGAGGAAGUGGAGGUCCUCAAAGAGCAAAUCAAAGAACUAAGAGAGAAAAAUUCCCAGCUGGAGCAGGAAAACAAUCUGCUGAAGACACUGGCCAGUCCUGAGCAGCUUGCCCAAUUUCAGGCCCAGCUGCAGACUGGCUCCCCCCCUGCCACCACACAGCCCCCCGCCCAGCCAGCGUCCCAGGGCUCAGGACCCACCGCGUAGCCGCCUAUGCCCCCGCAGAACUGGCUGCUGCCGUCUGAACUGAACAGACCA